AUGAUCAGGGUUUUUGCUGGCUUUGUGUUCUCCCUGUUACAGUCACUGACAGUGUCUUUAUUAACUCACAGGCCAAAGAAACUAUAUCAAGAUGCAUGGAAUAAAGAUAAAACCAACAUCACCAUUCCUUCUGACAUGCCAGGCAUGCUGCAGGCCCCUAUAAAUGCCCUGCAAAUCAGCAAUAAAUUUUACCAAAAAGACUGGAAUGAGACCAAGCAGAAAGGCUAUGACUUCAAAGCAGAUGCCAUUGAAAUCAAGCAAGCCAAAGACUCCAGAGAUAUUUCCAGUGAGCAGCCAUUGUGUCGUGAUGCCUGGGAGAGAGAGAAGGCGAAUGUGAAUGUGCCAGCGGACACCCCAGGGAUGCUGCAGUCCAAGAUCAAUGCCGUACAGAUCAGUGAUAAACAUUGUAACCAAGCUUGAGAAGAUGUCAAGAUGAAGGGUUAUGACCUGCGGGAAGAUGCCAUCCCAAUUCAGCACGCCAGGGCUUCCAGGGAGAUCGCCAGUGAUGUGAGAGCUCCUUUUUUCCCAGCCUUAACCAAUGCUAAUAGAUGUCAUAUGGGAGUGAAUAUUUUUCUGAUCUUUAGCUUAAUUCCCCAUUAAUACACUUAAGUAGAAAGGAGAUCAUCGUGAUUAGUGUCUUGCUUUGAAAUCGCAAAACCAAGAAUAACUUGUACAACAGUUUGGUGCCCCUUCUGCAUCGGGCUUGGUUCUGUUGUUCUUAUGUUUA